AUGAAGAUGCCGCAGAGCCUCAUCUAUUACCCCUCAUUUGGCUGGCUGGCCUGCGUCGAUCGACGCGGCCACGGCGAAUCACAGCGUGUGGAAGUCGGAUUAUGCACGAGGGCAACGCCCAGCCCUUUGAGGCUACAAAACCACGGUUUCCCCUGCCUAAUAACUCCAACUCUGUCGUCUGCCAGAUAA